AUGUACGUAAAAAUUGAGACGUCAAGAUUGGAUUAUUUUCGUAAUAAGCAACAAGAGAUUCGAUCUGAAGUAUAUCAAGGAAUAGUUGACAGUCUAUCAAUUGGACAAAGCAAUGAUUCUAAAGUUGGUAAACGCAUCAUUCUGCCUUCUUCUUUUAUUGGAGGUCCAAGAGAUAUGCGCAAAAGAUAUAUGGAAGCAAUGGUUUUAGUCCAACGCUUUGGAAAACCUGACAUCUUUUUAACCAUGACAUGCAACCCAAGUUGGAAAGAAAUCUUAGAUGAGUUGGGUCCACAAGAAGAAGCACAAAAUCGUCCUGAUUUGAUUGCACGUAUCUUUAGAGCAAAAUUAGAAGAACUGAAGGAUGAAUUAUUCAAACGGAAGAUAUUUGAGAAAGUUUCAGCAUAUGUAUAUGUCAUUGAACAUCAAAAAAGAGGACUACCACAUGCACAUUUCUUGAUCAUACUACAAAGAGAUUGGAAAAUCUAUGCUCCAGAAUCUUUUAUUGAAAUUGUAUCAGCAGAAAUACCUGACAGAGAAAGAAAUUUACAUUUGCACAAGACAGUAAAAAGACAUAUGAUGCAUGGCCCCUGUGGAGUACUGAAUCCGAACAAUGUGUGUAUGAAAACAAAUGGCAGUUGUAAAAACCACUUUCCAAAAGGUUUUGUACCUAACACAACCGUUGGAAUCGAUUGUUUCCCACAGUACAAACGUUGUGAUAAUGGAAUAACUGUCAAAGUCAGAGGUAAAGAUUUAGAUAACCGUUGGGUUGUUCCACAUAAUCCAUAUCUCCUCGCAAAAUUUGAUUGUCACUUGAAUGUAGAAAUUUGCUCAACAAUCAAAGCAAUCAAAUACCUUUAUAAGUACAUUUAUAAAGGUCAUGAUCGUGUUGCUUUCAACUUGAUUCCUGGACAAAACAUCCAAGAUAUAGAUGAAAUCCAACAAUUUCAAUCAGCUAGAUGGAUUGCUCCACCAGAAGCUAUGUGGAGAAUAUAUGGUUUUAUUCUUAAUGAAAUGCAUCCAUCAGUUUACAGUUUACAUCUACAUCUUGAAGAUCAACAUCUGGUAGCUUUUCAUGCACAUGACGACCUUAACAAUGUUCUGAGAUCUGAUUUUACGGCAAAAUCAAUGUUGACUGAAUUCUUUUCAACAAAUCAAGCUAAUGAAAAUGCACGAAAACUACUGUACAAAGAAUUUCCUGAAGCUUUUGUUUGGAACCAACAACACAAAAUAUGGAAUCCAAGAAAGAAGAAAACUGUUAUAGGCCGUAUUGUUACAGCAAGUCCAUUCGAAGGUGAAAGGUAUUACUUACGGAUAUUGUUAAAUCAUAUAAGAGGCCCUUUAUCAUUUGACCACAUCAAAACAGUUGGCAAUGUCACUGCACCAACCUUUCGUGAAGCAGCUACAUUACAUGUAUAUUGUAAUCCAACAAAUCCUAGAGAACUUUGGGAAUAUUUUGAACAAGAUAUGUCAAGUGAUUUCCAAACAAGUGUUGCAACAUCAGCAGAUAUUAGGACAAAAAACGAAACUGAAGCUAGAGAAAUAAAUGAUGAAUUUGCAGUUCUGAUACCAGAAGAAGAUCUUAUGGCUUUGAUGAGUCUUAAUCCUGAACAACAAUACGCAUAUGAAUCAAUUUUGCAGAAAGUCCUUCUAAAUGAAUCUGCUGCAUUUUUCAUUGAUGGUCCGGGUGGAACAGGGAAAACAUUCUUAUAUAAAGCACUUCUCGCUACAGUAAGAUCAAGAAACUUAAUUGCUCUUGCAACUGCAUCGUCUGGUGUUACAGCAUCUAUUUUACCUGGGGGUCGAACAGCCCAUUCACGCUUCAAAAUUUCAUUAGAUCUUGACAAAAAUAGUACUUGUUGUGUAAGCAAACAAGGUGCUCUUGCCAAAUUGUUACGUCUUACAAAGUUAAUCAUAUGGGAUGAAGCACCUAUGUCUAGAAAAGAAUGUAUGCAAGCAUUGGAUAAAAUGUUACGAGACAUAACUGAUUCAAGAUUACCAUUUGGUGGAAAAAUUAUCGUAUUCGGUGGAGAUUUUCGUCAAGUCUUACCUGUGAUUCGUAAAGGCACAAGACAAGAAGAAGUUAAUGCCAGUUUAGCAUCGUCAUAUUUGUGGUCUACUUUAACUAAGAUUAGGUUGAGUGAAAAUAUGCGAGCAAGAUUCGAUCCAAACUUCUCAAAUUAUUUACUUCAGGUUGGAAAUGGAACAACACCAAUCACAAUUGAGGAUAAGAUCAAAAUUCCCAAUGAAAUGCUUAUUCCUUACAAAAAUGAUGUGGAGUCUUUAGAUGAUAUGAUCGAUGCAGUCUUCCAAGAUAUUGGCAACUAUUCAGAAAAUUUAUCCGAAAUGACAAAUCGAGCUAUCUUGACACCAAAGAACAACUCUGUCGAUGAGAUAAAUACAAUACGUAUUCAAAGAUUUCCUGGUACAGUUACACAAUACUAUAGCUUCGAUGAAACGAUUGAUACAUCAGAACAAGGAAUCAUGGAGGAUUUUUUAAACACAUUGACACCAAAUGGACUUCCACCUCAUGAACUGUUACUAAAAAAAAAUUGUUCUAUCAUGUUACUCAGAAAUGUCAAUCCUUCAGAAGGUUUAUGCAAUGGAACACGUCUUAUUUGUCGCAACUUUGAACGAAAUAUCAUUGAUGCUGAAAUUGCAGUUGGUCACCACACCGGAAAAAGAGGCAACCGACUACAAGCAACAAUUUUCGGCAAAGAUAUAGACUUACGUAAUGACAUGUUACACAUCUUCCGGUCUUACUACAUCAGUAAUGCUUAUGUAAAGCCUUUAGAUCCCAGGCAUAGAAUUGAAGCACAUGAAUACCAGUGGAUCUUAAAUUUAAGAACAAUCAUCGAAAACAUUCCAGAUGACGAAGUGGAAUUACAACCACCAGAAUAUGAUAUUAUCCCAUUCACCAAUCUGCAUGACUACAAAGACACUGGAACUGAAAUAGCUAUUUUGGCGAUCGCAAUAUACAUGAAACCUCCUAGAGAAAUUACCUCAAUACAUGGGCCAACAAAAAUUCAAGAAAUAUAUGUUAUCGACCAGAGCUGUCGAGCUUACAUCGACGUUGACGAUGGUAAUGGACGACUGGGGGCUGUCAUGUUCGGUAAAAUUGCAGAAGAAGCUCUAGGUUGCACAGCAAUCGAACUAAUGGAACAUACAGGAGAGAGAUCUUAA